AUGACCACCCGUUUCCUCCUCCGGCAGACCAUCCCCAUCCGCAGCCGCUCCAUUGGCCUCCCCCGCAUCCGCGCCGCGACCACUCACGCCGCCGCGACCACCUCAACCGCCGCCCCCGCCGCCCCUCCCCCCCCCACACCAGCGGGCACGAUCCCCACGACCACCUCAGCCGCGCACGAGCUGCUAGUCUCGCAGCGCCUCUCGCGGCCAUUGUCACCACACCUAAGCAUCUACCAGCCGCAGCUGACAUGGUACGGUUCAGCGGCAAACCGUAUCACGGGCGUGGCUUUAUCCGGUCUGAUCUACGGCUACUUCAUCGGGUACGGUCUCGGGGUGCCUGGAUUCGACGUUGCCAGCCUGGCCUCGUCGGUUGCGGCGCUGCCUUGGGCGGUGAAAGUCGCGGGGAAAGUGGCGGUUGCGUUGCCGUUCACCUAUCACUCGCUGAAUUCCCUCAGGCAUCUCGCCUGGGAUAUGGCGAGGCUGCUGGAUAUUAGGGAUGUCUAUCGUACGGGCUAUGCCGUCCUGGCGCUGACGGCGGUGGUGUCGGUUUGGUUGGUUUCUUUGUAG